AUGGCGAGAGAGUUCAACACCAACGGCUUUCUCGAGGAGUUGAACGCGUUCGGACGGCCUCCGCCACAGCAGAAGUUGCUCUCCGGAAGCGAUCGAGUACAGGAUUUUGCCUGGAAGUUGGACAAGAUCAAUAUUCACAAGCAGCAGGUUUUUUUAAACAUGAAAAUUUUCGAGCUAUCACUCUUUUGAGCAGUUAAAAAAUAAUAAAUUCAGAAAAGUUAGAAGUAAAGUAAUUAACGGAAGCCUUCAUUGGAAGAGAAAGAACAGCGGACACAGUCCAAAACGUCUCAAAAAAAAAAAAAACAAAAAAAGAAAAAAAAAUCAGAAAGAAGAAUCUAGAGCUUCUUUUUUAGUUCCUAAAAGGUGUCGGAAGUUUCUCUGAAUCCUCUUUUUUCAGCCGUUUUUUCUUCUAAAAAGGGUCAAAAAAGGAGCUUUAGAAGCCUUCAAAGGUUUUUUUAGGAUCUUUUGCCGUGAACCUUGCCCGUGAACUAGAAGUAGAGAAAUUUAGUUAUGUUCAUUCCCAAGGGGGCAAAUACUUAUGAAGGUCUUCAGAAGAUUAGCGUUAGUAGUGUCAACAGAAGAUAUUUAACGUUAGUUUGAUACUUUAGCUUCUAUUUUAUUAAUUUAUAGUCUAACUAACUAAUAUAUAAAAAAAUCCGUAUUUUGAAAAAAAUAAAAAGUAGAUUUUUCGAUUGGAAAAACCACAGUUUUUCGCUUUUUUGCCAUCUCCAUGAAUGUUUACGAAAACUGCGGUUUUACGAUUUUUCGUGUCCCUUGUGUGGAAUCUCGAUUCGUCAUUUCACCGGAAAGGGAAGAAUUUUGCGUGAAGAUCGCGCGGCGUGACUCAUUCCCAGGCCGAGAUUUUCAAUUAUUCCUCUGCCUUUUUUUUCUUCGAAGUGUGGUUUCACAUGGAGAUAGUUCUAAUUUCCACUCUGGGAAUUUUCGAAGAUUUUUCUUGUUGUAGUGAAUAAAGUCCUAGAAAGUUACAACCUAUAAAAUUUCCUAUUUCUCUUAAAAUCUCAAGGUCUCAAAAUGGACCAUUUGACAGACCUUUCACGGUUUUCUCUGCUUUUGAGCUCUACUUUUUCGAAAACUAGGAACCGGUUGAGAUUUUUGAAUAAUCCAGGACAUCAAAAAAAUUUUUGGGCAGAUUCUUUCCAACAAAAAUUGUCAUUUUCUUAAAUUUCAAGCUUUUUUCCACUGUUCAUGACUCUUUCUGGUCAUGUUUUCUAGUAAUUCCCGAAGAAAAUAAAAAAAAUUUCCUCCCUAUCCAAUAGAAAAUUUGCCAUUUUUUUAUUUCCAAGCUUUUUUUCUCAACAACUUCAUGUACCUUUCCGGGAAAAUUCUUGAAAAUAUCAGGAAAAUUAUCGAAUUUUGACUUCCUCCCCUUUCCAAUAAAAAUCUCAAAAUUUUUCGAUUUUUUUGUUUUUUUUUUCUGUACAACAGUUUCAUGUACUUUUUCCGAGAUAAUUUUUAAAAAUUUGCAAGAAAAAUUAUUGAAUUUAGACUUUCUUCCCUUUCCAACAAAAAUUCUGUCAUUUUCAAUUUUUUUAAGUUUUUUUGUCCUACAACAGUUUCAUGUACCUUUCCGAGAAAAUUUUUAAGAUUAGUAAGAAAAUUAUUGAAUUUAGACUUUCCUCCCUAUCCAAAAAGAAAAAUCUGUCAUAUUUUUUUAAUUUCCAAGCUUUUUUUCCUCAACAUCUUCAUGUACCUUUCCGGGAAAAAUUUUUUUGAAAAAUAUCAGGAAAAAUUAUCGAAUUUUGACUUCCUCCCCUUUUCCAAUAAAAAAAUCUCAAAAAUUUUUUUCGAUCUUUUUUUGUUUUUUUAAUGCACAACUGUUUCAUGACCCUUUCUGGGCAUGUUUUUAAAAAAACAUCCAGAAAAAAAAUUGAAAUAUAAACUGUCUUCUCUUUCCAACAAAAAUUUGUUUUUUUUUUUCAUUCUCAAGUUUUUUUCUUGUCCGUAUCACGUACCUUUUUAGGCAAUUUUCGAUAGAUUCCUAAAAAAAUUUGAAUUUAAGUUUUCUUUUCUACCCAAAAGAAAAUCGGUUUUUUUAUUCCAAGCCUUUCUUCUGAACCGUUUCAUGAGCCUGAACGAUGAAAAAACAGAAAAACAAUCCCGCGAACGAAAAAAAAAGUAGCGACUAUUCAAGGUCACUCUAGGGGCAAUUUUUCGACGUUCACCCCAUCAUUUCUGAGCGCCGCCGAUUUUUUUUGUUGUUUUAUGAGGUUUGCUGGUGGCUCUGAGUUUUCAGUAACAUAUUUCGAUUGAUUUUUUCUUUCGGCUUUUUAUUUUGUCUUGGAUUUUCAAAGCUGUAGUUAAGAAAAAUAUUGAAAAGAAGAGAAAAAAAACUUAAAUUUUCUGUUUCAGAGCAACUUGAGUAUUCUUAGGAACUUUGGAGUGGUCCCUAUAGGUGUUAGGAGACGAAAAAGUGGUCACUAUAGGAGUAGAAUUUAGUUAGACUUUUUUAAAAUUUUCUAAUACUUCUUUGGAAUCUGAUGCCUUCACAGGCAAAGUCGGAAAAGGCUCCAUAGAAUGGUUCCUUUUUGCUGCCUUUUUUGACCACUUCAAGGGCCUUUAUACACCAUUUUUGCAGCUUCUCCCUUUUUCCACCAUUUCUUGAGCCUUUCAAGCUCAAAAUUCUUUCUGACUUACCAAGUUUACUUGAAAAAUUUUGAGUGGCCACUGUAGAGGCUCGCCAAGGACUACUUGGAAAGGACACUAAAGUGUCCACUAAACUCACCUCUAUAGUGGCCACUAUUUUCCGUUUUAGUGGCCACUUCAGUAGUUUUUCAUUUAGUAUUCCUUCCAGUGACUCUGAUAACUUUAAAAAAAACCAGAUUGGACCAGUUAUGUUGAUCCAUUGACCCCUAAAGUGGCCACUAAGAUUUUUGGUGGUCUAGUAGUAGCACUUAGACCUCUAUAGUGGCCACAAAUUUUUAACCCCUUAAGUGGCCGCUAAUUUGGCUACUCUAGUGGUCACUAAAACGUCGAAACCCUAUAGUGGCCACUAAUAGUUUUCCCAGUUAAGUUAUCUUUUUAAUUUCGCGGAAUCACUUUGAACACCCCAUUAUCUUCCAGAAAGGCCUCCGAAUUUUUUGAAUUCCUCCACAAAGAGGUGUUUUGAAAUGGUGCGCGGCGGGCAUUGAAUGGAAUGUUAAUUGGAACGCAUUUUCAAGGGUAUAGGGGGUUCGAAAAUCUUUGCUGGCGUAGAGUAACACAAGAAUCGGCUCUACGUCUUAAGUUUCAUUUUGAAUUUAAGCCAUGCUCCUUUAAAUAUGUUAGCCAGAUUUUUUGAAAAUGUGGCAUACUGCGAAAAACUACAGUGACCCCUUAAGAAGUUUCUCAAGGACCAUUUAAAAGGUACUCUAGAAGUACGUCUAUAGAAGUCCCUAUUUUACGUCCUAGUGACCACUAUAGUAAUUUUUGUGUUCUGAAGAGGCCACUAGACUAUAGCCACUUGAGCAACCACUAAUCUGGCUACUAUAGUGGCCACUAAAAUCCUAAAGUGUCCACUAAAAGUUUUCCCAGGAUAAAAAUGGAAAGCUUAUUAGCGCCUCAAAGUGGCUUCGAAACAGUGGAUUCUUUUUGUUUUGAAGCAAUUUCGGGCCUUUUUUGGGACAAUUUUCUCCCUUUUUCGGGGUUUUUCGAGAAUAACUAUAGUCAAUGUUUCCCGACUUGAAAGGCGAGGGAGGCGGGCCAAGGGGCGGGACGCGUAGCGUGUGCGUACGCGGUUCUUGGCAAGAGUUCAAUUCAACCGCCAGCGAGCAUUCAGAGAGCUCAUUUUUUUCGCCUUUUUUUCAUUCCUUUUUUUCAAAUAAUUAUUGUUUAUGUUCAUAUGUUCAUCAAAAAAAGUAAUAGAAAACAUUGAAAAAGAGUGGUUGCCAAGCUUUUUUUAAAUAUUCGGAGGCAAUUAAAUUGAACUCGUGCCAAGAACCGCGAACGCACACGCUACGCGUCCCGCCCCUUGCCCCGCCUCCCUCCCCUUUCAAGCCGGGAAACAUUGACUAUAUCCAAUUUUUUUGUUAAUUUUAGAUUUGUGAAGAAAAAAGCUAUAAAAAAAUUAAAUAUUUUUUUAUUUCUUACUUUGAAAAACUUACGGUAAGCCUUAUCUUUUUUUUAAGAAACUGGGAAAAUUCCCAGUGGCCACUAUAGAGGCUCGCCAAGGAGUACUUGGAGAGGACACUAAAGUGGCCCCUAAAUCCACCUCUAUAGUGGCCACUAUUUUCUGUAUUAGUAGCCACUAAAGAGGCUCUCUAUUUAGUGGCCACUUCAGUAGUUUUUCAUCCCGUAUUCCUUCCAGUAACUCUGAUAAUUUUAAAACAAACAUAUUGGACCAGUUAUGUUGAUCCACUGACCCCUAAAGUGGCCACUAAAAUUUUUAGUGGUCUAGUAGAAGCACUUAGACCUCUAUAGUGGCCACUAAUUUUCAACCCAUUUAGUAGCCACUAAUUUGACUACUAUAGUGGACACUAAAACGUCAAAACCCUAUAGUGCCCACUUAAAAUUAUCCCAGUAUUUUCAAAUAAGAUCAACAUCUUUUCACUCAAAAAAAGGACUUUGAGGUUUUGCGUGACCCAUUUGAUGGGUGUGCCGCUUGCCAAACGCCUUGUAAAGGAUGAGAAACAGUGCGCGAACCGAGGAGGUACAAGUGAACCGAGAGCGAUUUUGGACAACCUUCCGCUCGUCCUUGUCCUGUUCUUGCGCCUUUUUUUUCUCGAUGGAUCAUUUAAUCGCCUUUUUUUUUUGAAACUUUCUCGUUUUUUAAAGUGUUUUUUCUGCCAAUUAAGAUUUUUUUUUACCGUUGUUUCCUGUUUUCCGAGCAGUUUUUAAACUUCACUAUAAAUUUUUCCCCUUGAUACAAAGAUUUCAUGGAACAAUUGAGUAGAAUCUUUAACAAAGAAGUCAUUUUUUCAAAAAGAGUGUAUUUUAACUUUUUGGGCAAUUGAAAAAAAAAGGAAAAAAGAAAUUGUUCUGAAAAGUUGCAACAAACUAAGAUCUUAAGGUUCCCAACGUGUAUAAAUUCUCCUUUUCUCAAGAUUCUACUUCCUUGAACACCUUAUGAACGCCAGAGUGGUCCCUAGAGGGCUUAGGGAAAAAAAAACCCAUAAAGGUGCUUCCUAUAGGAUGCCUAAGUCCUUUUAGGGGUUUAGAGUCUGACCCCUAAGUCCAUAAAGCUUGAGAGGCUCCUUAAGGGAUUUUAAAACUUUUUCUUUCUGAUUUUAAAAUUAAAAAGAUCUUCAGGAAACACUAGCACGCUCCCCUAGAGUGAGCUUCAACAAAAACCCUAGAGCGGCCAUUUUUGGAAAUUUAACGCCCCUGUCCCUUCAGGGGAACCUAGAAAAGCCCCAAGUCCCUAUAGCGACCACUCUGGCUUUCCUAAGAGCGUAAGAAGGAAAAAUAGAGUUUUAGGGGUUGAAAAAUUGGAAUUUUUAGAAUUUUUUAAAAAAUCUGAGAAACUUUUGAGGGGUCCAUAGGAGUCUUAUGAGGGUCCCCUAAAGCUUGAGGGCUUCGAGGUUACACCUUAAACCCCUAUAGGGCUCCCUAAAAUUUUGACUUUUCUAGGGAGCCCUAUUUUGGCCCUUAUAGGGGUCACUUAAACUAAAAAUCCCUAUAGGGAGCCCUCAGAAAUUGCUCAGAUAGGGGGUUCCAUAGGAGCCCUAUGAGGGUUUUCUAAAGCUUUAUAGGCUUAGGGAUCACACCUUAAACCCCUAUAGGGGUCACUCAAACUAAAAAUCCUAUAGAGACCCCUCAGAAAUUCUUCAAAUGAGUAAAAUUAACAAUCUCCUCGACUAAAAAAAUUCUUUAGCCACUUCAAAAGGUCUCCAAAAAUCGGUUUAUUUUUUUUUACGUAUAAAUAUGCCUAGAGGCUGCCAAUACCAAUAUUUUACCGUGUUCAAAGCGCGAUCGAAGUGAAAAAUUCGGCCGGUAUAUGUGUCGAGUGGGCCUGCUUUUGGGUCUACCGAUCUCCAAGGCUCAAUUGCCUCUUCUGUUCGGCCAAAAAUUCACUUUUUUUCUAGUCUCGUCGGCUUUUCGACUCGUUUCCGUGCAGCCGUGUUUGUAUUCUGUUGCGCAAACUUUUUUUUUCGCUAUACUUUUUUUCUCCAAGCAUUAAAUAGGCGUUGCGUGAAAGCUUAAAUAGGAAUUUGGAAUUUCGAAAAAGGGACGAAAAAAUUUCGGAAUUUUUCGAGAUUAUCGAAAAAACCUUUUCUAACUGGGAAGUGGCCACUAUAGAGGCUCGCCAAGGACUUCUUGGAGAGGACACUAAAGUGGCCACUAUUUUCCGUUCUAGUGGCCACUUCAGUAGUUUUUCAUCCAUUCCUUCCAGUAACUCUGAUAAUUUAAAAAAAAAAAAACAGAUUGGACCAGUUAUGUUGAUCCAUUGAUCCCUAAAGGGGUCACUAAGAAUUUUAGUUGUCUAUUAGUAGCACCUAGAUCUCUAUAGCGUUCACUAGUUUUUAACCCCUUAAGUGGCCACUAAUUUGACUACUAUAGUGGCCAGUAAAACGUAAAAACCCUAUAGUGGCCACUCAAAAUUUUCCCAGUAAAGUUUGAAUAUUUUUGAAAUCUAGCCUGAGUUUCAUCCUUUUUCGAACUUUUCCGAUUUUUUAAAAUUUUUUUUCAGAAAUUAUGCUCCUUAAUCAGCUCUCCGAAGCUCUGAAAAAAUUUAAAAACAAGUCAAAAGAUUUACUACUCAUCAUACAAGUUUCUACAAGAUUUGAGAACCCCGGAACCCACUUAAUUAGCACCGAUUCCCACGAAAACACACGAUUUCUCGAUAUUCCCGCCAAAAACGAGUUGAGAACCAGUUUCUGGACCUUCCUGAGUGUAUUUAUCCGUCAAAUCGUCCUCCAAACAAAAUUGGCCUCAACCUGUUUCCCUUCUGUGUCCGUAUUUUCGUUUGAUUUUGAAACUUUGAGAUAAAAAAUGGAAAUGAUUUUUUUUAGUGAAAAAUAUCAAGGUUUUGGGAAGGUAUAAUGGUUUUAAAAUGCUUAAUUUUUAAAUUUUAACGAUUUCGAAAGGCUUAUUUUUUUCUUAAACUUUCUAUUAUUUUUUUUUUUGAUUCAAUAUUUCACGAACUGACCUUUUCCAGUACCGUUUGAAGCUAAAAAAUUCAAAUUUUUUGCUUGAAAAAAAUUGCUUUUUUUUUGGAAGUCCCUUCUUAUGAGUAUAAUAUUCGAAUGAACCGAUUAUAAAAUAAUAUUUUUCCAAGCCGCCAAAAUAUCAAUUUUUUCGGUAAAAGAGCUAUUUUUCUCAAAUUUUCAGCUUUCCUGUAUAUUUUUCAUAAAUAAUCAUUAUUUUCAGUACCCCUUGAAAUAAAAAAAUCCUUGUAAUGGAAAAAUCCAAGAGUUUCGCUUGAAAAAAACUUCAGAGCUUGAUUUUUGGAGUUUUCGAAAAUCAACCCUUUUUCUGGACUAGAAUCGGCCAAGGAUCGUGUUUUUUCUAUAUAUAUGAUCACAGGAAAAUUCUAAAAAACUUUAAAAAUGUCUUAAAAAUAUAGAGAGAGCCUAAAGCUUCUUUUUGAGUUCCUAAAAAGGUGUCCAAAGUUUCACGGAAUCUAAUUUUUCCACUUUUUUCCGUUUUUUAUUUUGAACUCUUUUAAAAAGUCUAGAAAAAACGCGCCUUGAGGCCUUUUUUUGCAAAAGUCUUUUUUAGACAUUUUGGACUUUCCCCUGAAUAUUCCAUUCUUCAUUCAGCUCGACUUGGUUUUGAAAAAUCAGAUUCUUAUCAGAUUUUUCUUGCAGAAAAUCAAAGACGAGAUGCUUCUCCCGUCGAACAGCGGGAUGGUGCGCCUGGGCGACGAGAAUCGCGUCAAAAACGCCCGAAAACAGAUCGACAACCGCGACGUUCAGUCCUGGAGGAACGACGUUGGUUUUCUCUCUUAUCUUAUUAAAUAUUAUACACUUUAAUUCAAAUUAGAUAUGUUAACAAUGUCUUGAAAGUCGACAAAUAACUAGGAAGGCGUUUAAAAUUAGAUAUAGUGCAUUUUGAAAGAGCCGGACUUCUCUGCGCCCUCCUUAUCUCUCGACGUCCUUCUCAUGUUUACGUGCUAUUUCCAUGUUUUUCUGACCUCGCCGAUGAGGGAACAGAGAGACGCAGACACGCGAAAACUGUCAAGUCGCGGCGGACGGACUAUAGAUCCAUAAUAUAUUCUACAAUCUCAAAUAUGAGCAUCAAAGUUCAAGCCUCUUCAGAUCCUAGCCUGGAAAUGAAAUAUGAAACAUAAUAUCCCCAGGUGCUGGAGAUGAACCGACCCCGGAACCAGGCCUACCACGCGCCGUCGUCGUCGGUCGACAGCGCCCGAGACUACGCCAGGAAGUUGGCCAACGGCCAGAUUUCCGCCGCAACUCCGCUCCACUGCAAAGUCGACGAGAACAGCGACAGCGACGAGGGCCGCGUCACGGUUUGCUUUUCCGUUGAAAAUCAAUUGUAGACCUUAACAGACGUUUCGCAGCCGUUGAUUCCACGGUAAAAAUGAACCGUAAUCUCACGUUGACAAUGUCAAACUAUUCCCCGUGGCUCAAAAUUUGUCUUUAUUUAAUUUUUGAAUGCUUUUUUUGCAGUUAAGUGGAAUCAUUAAAUGGAAUACGCCAGCAAUAUUUCAGAAUUUUCUAUGUUCUUCAAGGUUCUGAAAACGGCAAAAAUCAGUUUAGAAAGAAUUUUUCAUAGUUACUAUAGCUGAUUCACGGUCUGAGCCAUCGAAAAAAAGUCCUGACACGAUAAUGCACAAGAUAGUGUGUGGGUCGUGGAGAACGCAGACAAGCCACGCCCCCUUAGCGAGCCAUGCUAGCCGUGAAUCAGCUAUACUUCAAAAAACCGAAGAAAUCGAGCGUUUUGCAAUAUUUCUAGCAAUGGUUAAAAAAAAUUCAAGUCUGAAACAGAACCAUUUGAACUGUCUCAAUUUUUCAAAUUCCAGGACAGUUCCUCAAAUUUGCACCCAUCACCGUACACCACGGACUCCCUGCGAGACCUGGUGUCCCACGAGCGCAAAAAUUCGGACUAUUCCUCGGCAUCGAGCCAAAAAUCGACGAGUCCUUUCGAGACCCAUCGGCCGUCUCCCUAUGCCGACUACUCGUCGCUCUACAAAUCCAGCAUUUCUCCCGUUUCGGUACAUUUUUUUUCAAAGAGUUAUGAAUUGGGCUUUAAUGCUAGAUAGCCAUAGGAGAAAAUCUACUAAGCGCCAUAGGGUACCGAGAAAAAGCUUGUCGAAGUUUUGCCGCCGCGCAUAUUACCGCGCUCAGAGUGCACUGCACCCUCUAGGGCGCGUGGUGAAGUGGUAGUGUUCUUGAAUGGAGCUAACGCUAUGCUAGGUUCGAUUCCUCUUGACGUCAAACUCUUUUUGCUCUUUUUUAUUGUAUUUUUCUACACUCUAUUAUCAAACAAAAACGUUCAAAUUGGAGGAGAUAAUUGAAAAUUGAAGGAAAAAGCACGAAAAAAACUUUUUUGCGUCAUAUUCAUUGAAAUUUCCAAAAAAACAUUCUGAUAAUUUGUUAAUGGCUUACGAAAUCACAACAAGAUAAAAUUGAAGCAAAACUAUUAGGGAAAAUGUCGAUUUUCAAGUCGAAAUCGCGAUUUUUUCAGCUUGCCUCGAUCUCUUCUCGCAAAAGUUUUAAAAAUCUCAGAUCUAGAGUUGAAGAUUCAUUGCAAUUUUGAACGUCCAUUCUCAGAUUUUUCCGGUUUUUUUAAAGAAAAUAUUUAAGAUCAUCGUGUCAAGCUACCUAAUCUUCACCAGAAUUAGCGCUUUUUUCGAUUUUUAUUGGAGUUCCACUUCGGUUGAAUUAUUCGAAAAAUCAAAAAAUGUCCAAUUCAGGAUCGGAGAUCGGAAAGUCCAGUCAAAACCUUCAACGUCAUGUUCCGCGGAGCGUCUGGAAUCACCUCUCCGAGCGCUUCUUCCACGUCUUCACAAAACAAACCGCGAUCGGAGAAGUCUCUGGCUGAACUCGUCAAAAAACCAAAUGGUUUUCGCAGAAAAAUAUUUUUUCAAACGGAUAUUUAUAGUAAAAAGCAACAUUCGGACGACGAAUGAAGUCCGUGUCCCGCAUGAGAAGCCACCAGCUGGCAAGCCGCCAAUGUUCAAGUGAGUUUUGAAGUUGAAAAACAACUUGAAAAUGAUUUUUUUUUCCAUAACCCGGGGUCCGAAAAAUGGAAAAAAAAUUAAUUUUUAUUAGAAUUUUUUCUCUUUUCAUCGAGCUCUCUGUGAAAUAUCUCAAGGGAAACUUGCGACAGCCUAAAAUACGGUGAAAUGGUUGGAAGCGUCGCGGUCGCGUGGCGGUUCGAAUAAUCUGAGGCUGUUAAAGUAUUCUUAGAAUUACCAGUCCUGCAAAAGCCGUUUUGUGUCGGAAAAACGUUUGAUAAUUUUUUCUAAGUUAUUUUGGAAUGGCUCGGAGCGUCGCGGUCGCGAUGCGGUUUGAAUAAUGAGUAACUGACUUCAAGCAGUUUUUUUAAACUUACUGAAUCUGCGAAAGCCGGUUUAAGUCGGAGUCUGAAGUCGAUGUAGAUGAUUGGAAUUAAAAACUCGAUUUUUGCCCUUCAAGUUUUAAUGUAACCUUAUUGUAUGAGUCUGAAGUACUAGGGUAAAAGUACGGGAAUUUAGAAGAGAAAAUUCCUCCUGAAAUAUAUAAUAAUUAUUGAUUUUCUCGAUUAUAAACGGUUUCGCGUCUCUUCUGAAAGAGAUUAGAGCGUUUUGAACCUCUAUUCCAUCAUUUUUAGGCAGAAAGUUGGUUUUAAGUCGACUUGGCACAUUGAAAAGGGCAGUGAAAGUUUAAAAGACUUGAUAAUUUACUGAGAAUCGGCUCAGAAGUGGCCGGUUUGUAGAGGGUUUCGGUGCUUCAGAGGCUUCAAAUUUUGAUGGAUAUCUCAGAAACUUCUCCGUCAAAAAUUUUAUAGGGGUUUUCCUUUGAUAAAUCCUAAAUCCCUUUCAGACCGGUGAAUGAGCAGAGGACAGCCAUGUGGGCUGACAUGGCUCGUUCGAUGCAAUCUCAGGACGAUCGGAUGAACGUCCUGACGGAGCGUCUUCAUCAGGACCUCGUCCUCGAAAAGUCCAUCGUCGUCGGUUCGUUUCUUUCCGAUUUUCUUUCUUCAUUAGUAUAUAGUCUGUUCACAUUUUUCAUGUCAAGUGAAAUGACGUCAUUCGAAAACGCUCUGUGGAUGGCUCGCUCUCUGAUUGGUUUAUCGCGCCAUUAGGGGCGGGGCUUGAGCGACGGCUUGACAUUCAAAAUCUGAACAGACUAUAGCCGGUACUUACCUAGCUUGGCACUCUAAGGGGCGUGGCCUGUCUGUGCUCUCCACUAGGCAGGCACUAUCUCGUUUUUAUCGUGUCAGGGCCCUGUUUUCGAUUCAGGAAGUUGUGCAAAUUGCCGCGAGCCUGUCACGGACCGAGACGAAAGGUUUUCAGUCAACGAAACUCUCUACCACAAUGACUGCUUCGUCUGCGAAGUGUGCAAUCGAACAUUGAAGUAGGUUUUUAUUCAUUUAUUUUUUUUGAUAACUAAAUAUGAAGCUUUUUUUGGAAAUAUAAUAAAAAUUAUCCUGGGUGAUUGAUUUCUAAUGCAAGUUUGCUGUGUAGGUGAGCGACAUAGAAUCUGCUAAAUAACUCAAAAAGAAGUUAUUUAUUUCUUGAAGAGAGGUUGAACCAGGGACCUAAUGUUUAUUGUUCAAGACUUCUAUCCAUUAAGCCAUGAGAACUUUCGAAAUUUUUUGAUCGCCAGCGCGGUCGUCCACAUGAAAAAGCGCGAUUAAAGGAGUAAGAGAAAAAAGUUAUAGAAAAAAAAAAUUGGAAACUGUUUGGUAUUGCCUUGGACAUCGGUAGCGCAACUCGGACCCGUCCCGGACGUUCCUGAGCAUUCCUAGGGGUCACUUUAGCGGUGUCCGAACUCUUAAGUGAUCCCUAUGAUUGCAGUGCUAACUUAAGCGGUACCCUAGCAGUUAUUUAACCUAUAGAAAUGCCAUGAGAAGCUGACGCCCCUAAAGUGAUCACUAGAAAUUCCCUAAAACGUCCGGUUUGCGUUAGAGAGGUUCGAGUAGCUAUUUAAGAUCUCUGUCAAUUUUUUUCUCCAAGUAAUAACCAAAAAAAAAAUUGAACUUGAACUGGAAUUAGUCUCAAAUCAAAUCCGAAAACUACAGCCCCGACGAGUUCCUGAUCGAGAACGACCGUCUGUUCUGCAAGCAGGACUAUCUUUUCAAGUUCGAGCGCAAGGUCGCGAGGUGUGCCGCCUGUCGGGAGCCGCUCAAAGAUACG